GAAGUCUCGCGAGAGGCGCGGGGCACGCUGGGAGAGGCGAUGUGUUGGGAGGGGGAGGGGGGCGUUGCCGUGGCAACGGCGGAGCGCGGGGCCGGGCCUGGCGGGCUCCAGUGGGGGGCUGCCCCACAGCGAUGCCAUCCCGCCCGCUGCCCCCCGAGCUCAGCCCCCCCCUCGACUUCUCCUUCCGCCCUCUGCGUACCCUGGAGGAUCUGAGCCCUGAGGGCGGCCCCUCUCCCACCCUGGCCCUACGCCUGCCUUACACCGGGCUGAGCAGCCUUUGGGGGCUGCACCCCACCCUGCAGCGGCUCCUGGCCGACCCCACACAGCUCCGUUGGCUCGACCUGUCCUUCAACUGCCUGACCGCCAUUGACCCGGUGCUGACCACGCUGGGGGGGUUGCAGAGCCUCCACCUGCACGGGAACGCCAUCGGCUGCCUGAGCGAGGUGGACAAACUGGGGGCUCUGAGGCAGCUGCACCGCCUGACGUUGUGUGGGAACCCCCUGGAGAAGGAGAGGGGCUACAGGCGCUACGUGCUGGCCCUGCUGCCCCAGCUCAGCACCUUGGAUUUCAGUGCUGUGACCCAACAGGAACACAGGGAGGUGGCAGUGUGGGAACACAACCAGAGCCGGCCCCGAGCCCAGCGAGCUUCAGAAUGAGAGCACCCCCCCCAACAUCCUUGGGGAGGAGGAGCAGCAGGUGAAGAAGGCGCCAGGAACCACCUGGGAGCAGCGAGAUGUUUGUAGGGGCGGCGGGGGGAAAUCCCAUACAACGCUCCCCCCCCCCCAAAAAAAAAGAAGCCAACAGAGCAGGUAAUGAAUGAACCCACAGCCAACGCACCCCACUGCUGCCCAGCGACCAGGUGGGACACAGAGGAGGCUGGAUGUGUUUUUAUCUGCGAUGGCAGAAGGAGAAUAAUUAAAACAAACCCACCCCCCCCAAAAGAAAACCCAAUAGAAACGAGGAGGAGGAGGGUGGAGGAAGCCGAUGGGAAGGUCUCCUCCGGGAGCAUGCAGCUCCUGCCUGCCCUUCCCAGGGUGAAGGGGGGAAGGGGGGGGGGGGGGGGAUGUCAGCCCCCCAGCAAUGAGGCUGCAGCCCCCUCCCCACUGCCCCCCAUGCAUACAGUGGGGAAGAAGCCACAGGGGCAGCGCUGGUGGGGUCUGUGGGAGCGCUGGUGGGGUGUAUGUACAAGUUCUGUGCCGUGGGGAUGAAAGGGGGAG